GUUUUGACAAGCCUUAAUGGGCCAAAUCCGACAUCCAUGGACAUCAGCGAGUCAAGUUUUUUCCUCUUUCUUAUCAAAUCCUCCUCGUUAAAUCAUUCGAUUUCAAUCCAAUUUCAUCUCUCUCUUCUUGCAGCCCAGGUCAAAUAAUUUCUCCCCAAUUCCCCCUCACCUUCUUCCUACACUUCAUCCCCCCAAAUUUUGCUGCUUCUCCGAUCUAACAACUCACGUGUUUACACGCAAGCACAUACGAUUGCGUUGAACGAAGAUGGACGGAAGUCAACCCUACAACCCUCGAACUGUCGAAGAAGUUUUUAGAGAUUUUAAGAGUCGAAGAGCUGGCAUCAUCAAAGCCCUUACUACUGAUGUAGAAGAGUUUUAUCAGCAGUGCGACCCUGAAAAGGAAAACCUUUGUCUGUAUGGAUUCCCUAAUGAGCAAUGGGAAGUGAAUUUGCCUGCUGAAGAGGUCCCACCAGAGCUUCCGGAACCUGCACUUGGAAUUAACUUUGCUAGAGAUGGCAUGCCAGAAAAGGACUGGCUAGCUUUAGUUGCUGUUCAUGGUGAUGCAUGGCUUCUUUCUGUUGCCUUCUAUUUUGGGGCUAGAUUUGGAUUUGAUAAAGCUGAUAGGAAGCGCCUUUUCAACAUGAUAAAUGAUCUCCCAACAAUCUUUGAGGUUGUGUCAGGGGCAGCUAAGAAGCAAGUGAAGGAGAAGUCAACUGUGUCAAACCACAGCAGCAGCAAGUCAAAGUCAAACUCUAAGGCGAAAGGGUCUGAACCACCUGCUAAGUUUCCAAAAGUGUCAACACCAAAAGAUGAUGAUGAUGAAGGUUUGGAUGAUGAAGAUGAAGAGGAACAUGGGGACACGUUAUGUGGUUCAUGUGGUGAGAAUUAUGCAUCUGAUGAGUUUUGGAUUUGCUGUGAUAUUUGUGAGAAGUGGUUCCAUGGAUCCUGUGUGAAGAUAACUCCAGCAAGAGCUGAACAUAUCAAGCAGUAUAAAUGCCCUGCUUGCACCAACAAAAGAGCUCGCCCAUGAUCAUGAUCAUGAUCAUGAUCAUGAUCAUGAUCAUGUAUGUAUCCAUCAAUCAAUCAGUGUAAGUCUGUUUUUAUGGAGAAAGUGAAAGUGGAAGUGGAACAUGGUGUUUGUAGGGUUUAAAUGUGCAUUUCAUUGAAAUUAGUGACAGGGUCUUUAUUUUAGUUUUUAACUAGAAUUCUCUCAGCAAACUUUUUCUUUCUUAUAAUGAAAGAUUGGAUUUUAUGUGUUUGUCA